GAGAGAAUGACUAGCGCGAGAGCGAGCAAGGGGUGAGAGGCCUCGGGAGUCCUUUAUGCCGCCGCUCUCUGCAUGAUGUACCGUUCCGGUUGCGGCCGCUCGAGCAUGAUCUCCAGCCGGUCCAAAGAGAACAGUAGCUCGGGGUCCCGAUGUUCCCGGCCCGGUGCAGUAACCUCCGGGUCGACUCGAGGCCGUAGCCCGCGCCGCUCCCGUUCUCCGUCUCCGCGGGGCCGCCGUCACCGCUCGCCGUCCAGCAGUCGCUCUUCUCGUCGCUCGCCGUCCCCGCGUCGCAGUAGUAGGAGACGUUCCCCGGGUCAGCGCUCACAUUCCCCGGGCCGGCACUCACGUUCCCCAGGUCGGCGUUCUCCAAGUCGACACUCUGAAUCUUCAGUGGAACAAAAUUUGCGGAUCACUGUUGGCAAUGAUCGUUACGGUAUUGAUACACCUGAGAGAAAGAGGUUAUGUGAUAGACUGGGCUCACCGGUUGAUAGCCUGAGUGAUGUGGAUAGGGAUGAUUUGGCUGACGGUCCAAUAUUUAGCAGAAACCUUUUACGUCCUCGGAGCCUUGAGCGAUAUUCUUCUCGUGAGGAAAAUCAAUCUAGUCCUUUCAGUAUAAGACACGAUGAGGACUACCGCAAUAGGGAUGUUUUCCUUCACCAGACAGACUAUAGCAUGAACUAUGAGAAUAAACCAAGAGAAGCUGAUAGGGAUGGUGAACUACUUAGAAAAUCCUUAUAUUCAUUGGAUGAUAGAGGGCGAGAGCCAAAACGACCUCGCUAUGACAGAGAUGACAGAUUACUUGAUAUGAACAUAGAACCACAGGGUUUCUUGCCAGGAACACGAAAGUACCGUAAACGAAGUCUUAGUAGAAGUCCAAGUCCAACAUAUCUUGAUGAAGACUUUCGCGAACUUGAAAGUGCUAGAAGAAAAAGAAAAGAAGAGGAACUAAGCAGAAAUCUGAGUCAUGAACUGUCUGGUAGCAGCUAUGUGAUGACUGGCUCAACUAAUCCAAUGCAGUCUUCUGAACCUCGGUACCUUUAUAGACCUGAUGAGGCACCAGCAAUGCCCAAAAAAUCUAUCUUGAAGAAACGUGUGGAUGAUCAUUCUGUACAGCCUGCAGUCUUUUCUAGCAGUUCUUCCUCUAUUAAAGAGCCCCCACUUCUUUCAGAUCAUCCUUUGCCCCAGCGUAGUAGUGCUGCUCCUUUUUCAUUGGAAGUAGAGAAUUUCCUCAAACGGUUCAACAAAAAUGCAGUUGCAGAGUCUGCCAGUAAGGAAUCUCAAGGCAGUGAGCAUGACUGGGGACCAUUUUCUGGUCUACAACAAAACACAUUUCCUUUUGAACAGAACUCUGAAAAUUUUUUAAAGCAGAAAGAGCCUCAUGAGUCAACAUCAGAGUCUGUCGACCAGCAUGGUGACUUCCUGCUUCCUCAUGAAAGAGCCAGCCAGGAUGGAAGUGGCUUUUCACGCAUUCUGGGCAUUUUGGGGGUCAUGGCAGAUUCUACCAGUACGCAAGAAAAGAGAAGGCGCAGCUUUCCUGAUGACAUUGAGGAUGAAGAGAAAUUUCUUUAUGGUGAUGAUGAUGAUGAUGAUUGUAACAUCAGCUCUCCCUCUACUCAAAAACUAACAGUGAGUGAUGGGAAGGAAUCUGUAAACCAGAAAGUAAGUUCUCCACCUCCUCUUAGUUCAUCUAUAAAACCGGAAACAUCAAAUGAAUCCAGACCAGAGUAUGAGAAGAUUCAUAAUUUGCUUAAAACUAUUGGUCUUGACAUUGGGGUAGCUGAAAUAGGUAAGCUUGCUGCUCGUACCCAGGAACGUCUUCAUGGGAAAAAGUCAUCUCGUUCUCCCGAUCAUUAUUCAGUAGCUUCUUCCAAACCAGAAAUAUGGGAGAGGUGCCGCAAUCGGAGUGAAACUCAUUCUCCAGAAUCAAGCCAGAAGCAUGCGCUUUCACCUUCUGGUUCUUUCCCAUCAUCUAAAGUUAUGUCCUCUGUUACAAAAUCUGAGCACAAUCCAAGCAAAAUGUUAGGGCACAAUAAUCCUGCUGACACAGUCGAGCGGUCUGUUCCUCCAAUAUCUCUGAUUCCGUCAGCUCCACCAUCUCUUCCUAAUUUGUCACCCGCACCUACCUCUGUUUCGCAAUACAGAGUUUCACGCUUUUCACCUUUUCCUGCAACUCAGUUACCACAAAACUAUCCAUCUCCCACAAUGCCCCCUCCUGGCUAUGAUGCAUAUGGACACUAUAUGGCUUAUGCAGCUUCUGGCUGGCCCAUGUACGCUCAGCAGGCUGACCCUGGGCUUACAGAUGUACAUGGGCUUGUCACACUAACUGUGCCACCAAAUCCAACACGACCCAAUCUUAGAGUUAUUGAGACAGUUUCCACAGGCAAAGCGACACCUGAUAUCAAAAGAGAUGAAUCUGUCCUUGUGCAAAUCCCUACAGCAGCUCCAUAUUCGAAAUUACUUCCUCAGUACUCUCAACCUUCACUAAGAGGUUCCAAGGAAAGAAUAUCUGAUGAAAAAAAUCGAGCUUCUCGGAAACAAAAGGUAAUAGAGGAAAUGGAAAAGUUGAAAGCUGAACAAGAGACACGGCAAAAAAAACUACAUUACCUGAGAGCUGAGUUAAACAGACUUUCAAAACAACAAGGGGAAUUGCUGCGGAAGAAACGGAGGGAGAAGGAUGGACACAAAGACCCCUUGCUAAUAGAAGUCAACCGACUACAAGAGAACAUUGUGAAGGAAAUAGCUCAACUGAAGAUGAAUGCUGAUGCUGCAGAGAAGAAACAAUCUGAACUUGACAAGGUAGCCCAGAUCCUGGGGAUUAAUAUUUUUGAGAAAUCCCGGAAAUUAUCUUCAGAAAGUAAAGAUUCUUCAGAAAAAUACACAUCAGAAAAUCCAAAAAUUCAGGAGAAAACUUCUAACCCAGUCAAGGAAUCAAAAACUGACAAACCCAGGGGUAAGAGUCCAAAGCCUAUGGAAUCUUCUUCACAGCCACCCAAACAUCAAUUGCAAGGGACCAGUAUUUAUGACUACUAUGACACAGGGAACCAUUGGUGUAAAGAUUGCAAUACUACCUGUGGGACUAUGUUUGAUUUCUUCACACAUAUGCAUAAUAAGAAGCAUAGACAGACCCUGGAUCCAUAUAACAGACCCUGGGCAGCAAAGAUUCAAAUCGAAGCAAAGCAGGAAGUCACAAAACGAAUUGACAAAAUACCUGUUCCAGCCAAAGGUUCUGAAUUUCUUAUCCCAGUCACUGGAUAUUACUGCCAACUCUGCAGUGAAUUCUUUGGAGACCAGAUAUCAGCAGAACAACAUGUGAAAAGUCAUCCACAUAAUGAGAAAUAUAAGAAACAUGUGGAUGAGAAUCCGCUCUAUGAAGAAAGGCGGAAUCUGGAUCGUCAGGCAGGAUUAUCUGUGAUUCAGGAAACUGAACGCAGGCUGAAACGGAAACUGUGUGAAAAACAAAAAGAGGAGAAGGAUGAGAAGGCAACAAAAGUGGCAAAGAAAGAAGAACCCAAGAACACCAAAGAACUAGGAGAUGGGAAUAAUGAAUAUGAAAUUAGUAAAAGGAAAGAAAUUCCUAAUGGUGAAAAAUGUGGGAUUAAACUUAAAUUGAAGAAAGAUGACAAAGAAAUGGAGAAGAAGGAAGAGAGAAAAGAGGAAUCAGAAAAGGAGUCAAAACUGACAACUUUUGGAAAAUUCAGUUGGAGGAAGACAGAGAGAGAUGAAAAAAAUCAAGGGAAAGAUAUAGCUGUCUCCAAAGAAGAGAGCACCGAGGAAGGUAAAGAUAAAGAAAGUAAGUCACAAUCUGGAAAGCAAAAUUCAAAGCCCAUUGCAAUUAGGUUAUCUGGAAAAACCGUUAUUCCACAUACAAGCCCCUGGACACCAGUUGUUUCAACUUCAUCGCAAGCCAAAAUCCGCCCCAAUUUACCAGUCCCAGUGAUGGUUCUGAGGAAGACUGCAGUCUCAACAGUAAGCAAGCCAGCACCUCUAAAUACUUUUUUGUCUAUAAAGUCUUCUGGUGCCAUUGCCAAACCAUUGCCGGUUGUCAAAGAGGGAAAUCCAGAAAUUGUUUUGCCACCAGAUAUUAUAUCAAAAGCAUUUGGGGGAGAAGUAGUAGUUCUAAAGGGAUCACAGGAGAAUGUAAAGGUACCAGAGAAGGCAGAGGAAGGUGAGCAUGAAAGUGGGACAAAGGCCGCGGAACAUGCAAACGCAACUGUAAUGAAGGCACAGGAGCAGGCAGACGUAGUGGCAAAAGCCCAGGCAAAGGCACGGGAGCUGGCAGCAAUGGUAAAAGAACAAGAGGUCUCACGAAUGACAAAAGCAAAUGAGCAGUCUCUGACUUUUGAGAGACCCCAUCGGCGCCCUCCUCUACUACCACUACCCCCAGGACCACCAUUGUCACUACCUCUGCCACGGCCACCGCCAAUGUUGUUUGCCCCUCCACCCCCUCUGCCACCAAAACAAACGGUUAUCCUGGCAGAUGAUAUGGCACCUGGUGUAUCUGAGGAUGAUAAAAACAUACUGGCGAUGCCCAUGUGUCCUCGCCCCUUGCCACCUCCAACUGUUUUUGGGGAACAUGUUAAGAAAUUAGAGAAAAAGAACUCUUCUCUGGCUGCAGGUAAUGCUAAGGAUCUAUAUGACAUCUUUUACAACAGCAGUGGGAGGAAUCCAGCUGAGAGCAAGCUAGUGAAUUCUACUUCAGAUAAAGGAAAAUUGAAUCCAACUGAGAGGGAGAAAAAUACAGACCUACAGGUAAAUUCCAAGCCAAGUAGUAACCCAUUUUCAGAGGAAUCUCUCUGCAAUGUGUACACUUCUUCGGCUAGAACCCCAGAAACAGAGGAAGUAAAAGAUGAGAAAAUGAUGACAACUGAUGAAGAAAAUGUUGAAAUCAAAACUAAUGUUGAAGGGGAACUACAUAAAAUCUCCUUUUCAGAUAUACAGUCUACAUUGCCAGAAGCAAAUGAUCUAGCAAAAAGUCCAUUCCAUAAUGAGGAAGAAAUAGGAAUUCCUGCUCCAUCUGAAUUUAACAAGAAAUCACCAGAGCAUGAGGGAACUGAGUUAGCUGUGCAGAUAGAAGAAAUGAAACUUCUUCCUUUGGAUGGCUUUAAUGAGACAUCUGUUAGCCUUGAGACAACAGAACAUAAAAUUUCUGAUGAUCAGUCAAUUACACAAUUCUCAGAGAUCUCGAAUGAUCUUCCAGCAACUGCCUCUGAUUCUGUGCAGAAUGAGGUGGACAUAAACAUGAACACUUCUGUUUCAUCUGAAAUUAACAAGAGAUUAGAACUUGAAAAACCAGAAUUAACUAUGCAACUGACAGAAAACAAUGUUCCUCAUUUGAAAGACAGCAAGAAUCCAUCAGAGCUUGAAACAGCAGAUUGUAAAACUGAUAAUAGCAAAAUAGCCUUGCCUUUAUCUGACAACAACAGUAUACCUUUAGAAGAUCUUAGCAAGAAACUAUUUAAAUUUGAAAUAGAAAAAUUAUCACUCCAGCCGCCAGACAACAAUGAUCUCCUUUUCAGAGAUGAUAGCAAAAAUCCAUUGGAGAUUGGGAGAGAAGAAUUCAAAAUUUCUGAUGAUAAAGAAUUAGAAUGUAGUAUUGCUCCUUUAGGAGAUGUUAGCAAGAAGCUGGCAGGAUGUGAAUCUCUGCAUUCCACAUCCAUGUCAGAAAACAGUGCUCUUCCUCUGAAAACAUCUUCUAAGACUCUUCCAAAGUUUGAGACAGCAAUGUUUAAAUAUCCUGAUGAAGACAAAUUAGCUAUGCAUUUGUUGGAAGACAGUAUUGUUCCUAUAAAAGAGAUUAGCAAGGAGGCAUCAGGAUGUGAGAUCGCUGAGUUUAAAUCUGAUGAUAAAGACUUGGCAAUGCAGUUGCCAGAAGGGGGUUGUCUUAGGGAGUCGGGAGUAAUGAGAUACGCUAGUACCACAAGGACUGAAGACAUUAGUAAUAAAACACAAAAUCAACAGAAAAUGGAGGCUUAUGAUAACUCAAGCUUAGAAGAGAUUAAGAGUGAUUUGGAUGUGAAAGCAUACUUCUCAAAUUUAACUGAUAGAGAUGUAGAAAGAGAACAUUUGGAAUUAGCAGGACAUAAUUCUGCAGUUAGUCAAGGAGAUGAGUCUCCCUUAUUUGAAAUGCCAGUUGAAAACACUCUGGCAGAAGGAUCUGCUAUAACAGAAGAGAAACAGAUUUAUAACAGCUCUGAACAGGCAGCUUCUACAUGGGUUUCAGAUAUGUGUGUUCAGAGUCAGUUGCUUUGGCAGCCAAUAGAUUCAUCUUCAAAAGUGAAUGAGGAAAAUGCCCAGAUAGUAGCGCAAAAUGAAAGUUAUUCUAAAGAAUCAUCAGUUGAUCUAAAACUAGACACUAAAGAAUUUAAUAGAUUCAAGUCAGCAGUUAGUGGUAAAAGUCUUCAUCCUUCAAAGGUCCAGAAUUCAGAUUCAGAGCUAAGGCCUUUAAAUAAAGGUGAAUUAGACUCUUUCCUUACAAACAAUGAGCAAGAGGUUUUGAAUGGUUCUCAGUUAAAGGAUGGCGAGGAUAUCAGUGUAGUUAAUGUUCUAGAAUCUGGAGAGAUUACAAAUGAGUACUUUGUUAAUGUAACAACGAUAAGCACCACAGCAGGGAAACAUGAACAAAUAAAUCAAUUCUCAUUAAGCUGUGAAACCAAGGAACUCCAAGUAGAGAGAACAGAAGCUUUGGACAGUAUCUCUUCUACAAAUGAAAUUAAACCCAGUUAUGUGGAAUUCAUGUUUAUAAAACAUGAUACACAAAAAUCUUCUGUCUCUGAUACAGAAUUAAGCGGCACUGAAGAGAGAAGCUCUAUAGAAACAGAAAGUGCUAACUUUUCCAGUAUUCAGCCAGACACGGGCCAAGAAUCACUAGAUCCUCUUCCAACAGAAAUCAGUGUUGGGCAUCUUGGAGAGGUAGCCCUUUCCUUCGCCGACAUGAAUACUGAAGUAUUGAAUACCUCAGCAGCUGAUAAUUUUAACUUAAACAACACAUAUUCAGAACUUAGUUUUGAACAGUCUACCACCUUUUCUCUGGAUUUAGAAAAUGAAGGAAUCUCUCCAAAAUCUGAUGAAACAAAGCCUAUGCAUUCUCCCAGACUGAAACCAACUUUGGAAUUAGAAACCAUUGAUUUCACUCUGGGAAAUAUUAAAGCGGAAUGUGAAGGUGUGGGUAUUCUGCCAACUGAAAUUUUAAAUGAGGUUAAUACAGACAGUCCAAAGUUAGAAACAGUUGCACCUAUUUGUUUAGAGUCUAGCAAAACGAGUGAGACGGACACUGACCAACCAGUGGUUGAAUCCAAAAUAAUUAAUUUUGUUCCAUUUACCCCUGAUGAUCAAGAGGAGAAAUUUUGCUCAGUGGUUUCAGAUGCAGUUAUCCCACAUGUGGUGUCUUCUGCAUCAAAGGGUGACAUGGCAGAAGCAAGCAUGCCCCUUGUUCAAUUGCAGGAUAUGUCUUCUGUUUCCAAGCCCCAACACCUGUAUAUUAGCAAAGGAGGUACAUCUGAUAAGCUGUUGUGGAGUUGUGGAAAAAAUGUGCAAAGCCAAACUGUGACAUGCGUGGAAUCCAUCCUUCCGAAAUUAAAGGAAUCUGUAGAAGUGGGGGGUUCAGGUGACAGUGAAUUGUACAGUCUCAAGAAUCAGAUGCAGACAUCCAUAGAUAAACGAACAGAGACAGAGGAAGAAAAGAAUGAUCUUAAAUGUGAGGCUAAAAAUAAGUUGGCUUCAGAAGUAACUGACAAAUCUGCAGAGCACCUGGUAAGUUCAGACAAAAUUGUUCCAGAUGUUUAAGUAGCAAUUGUUGAGAUUUUGUAAAUAUUAUAUUUUAGCUUAAUGAGUUGAAAAUCUAGCUUGCAGUAGUCUUUGUCUAAAACCUAAACUUUUUUUGCCUAAAAUGUAGGCUGCAUUGUAUAUAUCUGAUUGUGUAAAAUAUUUCUUUUUCAGUCUUUGACUUUCACUUUCUAUUUCUAGCCAUUAAAAUGGAUUUCUCAUCCAUAGUAUGUGUUUCGGCUAUGGUUUGGGUUUUUUAUUAUCAUUGCUGUUAAACUGUGUGUGUACUUUUCGCAUUUUUCUUUGACUUUUUAUGGUUUCUGAUUUAUACAGCUUUUGUAAAUAACAUUCCAAGUGCAACACUGACAAGGUCAAGGACGUGUUCAGGACUUGAGAAAAACGAAGGCUCUUGCUGAACCGUUUAAGCAGAAAGUUUCUUUGAAACGUUAUGCAUGUUUCAUUGCACAAAAUGUAAAAUGCAUGAAGAGUGUUCUGCAUUUUUCAUGAUGCAGAAGAUUGUUCUGCAUUUUUUUACUUGUUAUUAUCUUGUUGAACUGCACCUGUAAUCAAGACUGUGAUGCCAUAUUGUAUAAAAUCCUGUGUGGAUGCCAUCUCACUGAGCAAAGAAGAAAUAUCUACCAACUCACUUUUGGAGAAAGAAACUAUUUGGUAAGGCUGUGGCCCAACAACUGGACUCUGCAUAUUGAGGUCACUUGCAUGAUUUAAAAUCACAUUUCCUUUUACUACAUUAUGGUAUAGUAACUGUUUGUGUUAAAUUGUUUAGCAGCUGCCUAACUCAGAAGAAAUGGAAGAUCUGAACUUUGCUCUCUGGAUUGGAUUCCCAUCAUAUAACCAGACAUUACAUGCCUGAAUGAACCCCUGAGCCACAAAAAUACUGUUGUGUGAAGGUUUUCACUUAUACAACUUGUCAAGAUACGCAGUAAUGUUUGCAUGGAUUUAUCUAAAAGGUUUUAUCUGUAAAUCUAAAAUAAACCCAUGAUGAUCUGCGACAUGAUAAA